GAAGUGGCUCCUAAGGGCCACACACAUCAGUGACAAUGGCUUUCUUUAUUAUCAGUGCUGCCACUUUUUUCUUGGAAGAAUGUCAUUUAUGUCAGAGAAUAUAGAGAGAUUUAUUCAGACUGGUAACGCUUUCUACAAUUGCUUACUAAAACUUAAUUGUUCCAUAAAUGCCUUCAUUCAAUUACUCACCAAUUAUCUGGGCUGCCAAAUACCUUGCAUCAUUGUGAAUGAAAGUGGAACUGUUAAGGACUAUUUUGAAGAAGUAGUAUGUUCUUUGAGGAGAGUCCAGGGUGAUAUUGAAUCAAAGGACAAAGCCAGGACUGAAUGUGCUCAAUAUUCCAAGAUAGCAACCAUGACCUCUGUGAAAGACCCCUGUCUGAAAAGCGCUAAAAAGCUAUGUGAAACAGCUAAAGAAAUUUCUGACUGUGCCCAGCUGCCACUUAUUCUCAUGCUGAAAAAUGUCAACUUCUUUGAGAGUAUGGAAUGUGCUAUUUCCCAGCUGAUGAAGUCUUCAAUCAUGAACAUCCGCCUGAUCGACCUUUGUAAAAAUCCCUGUGAUCCCUGUGAUCCCUGUAAACUCUUUGAUCCCUGUCUACCCUGUCUACCCUGUCUACCUUGUGAUCCCUGUAAUCCCUGCAAACCCUGUGAUCCUUGUAAACCCUGUGAUCCCUGUAAACUCUUUGAUCCCUGUCUACCCUGUCUACCCUGUCUACCUUGUGAUCCCUGUAAUCCCUGCAAACCCUGUGAUCCUUGUAAACUCUUUGAUCCCUGCAAACCCUGUGAUCCCUGUAAACUCUUUGACCCCUGUAAACCCUGUGAUCCCUGUAAACCCUGCGAUCCCUGCAAACUCUUCGAUCCCUGCAAACUCUUCGAUCCCUGCAAACUCUGUCAACCAGGUCCUGCCAAAGUUCCAGAGAAGAGUUGCUGCCCACCAGCAAUGUCACCUGCAGAAAUCCUUGAGAAGUUGAGCAAACUAAUAGAUUGCCAAGCCUCCAUCAACCCCACAGUGUCAGCUGCAGAUAAUCUCCAAGAAAUUGUCAAGACUAUGGAACCUGUUGCAGACAAACUACAACAAAUUGCUAAGGCUAUAGAAGCCAACAUGGAAUUAUUAAAAUUAACUAAGUAGCUCUACAAUUAGUAAGUAGUGGAACUGCAGAAGAGAUGUUUUGCUCAGUAGAAGAGGAGUUCUCAGCCAAUGAUUUCUCACCGUAAAAGCUAGGAAAUUCCUUUACUCUUAGAAGAGAGGCACUGAAAUGCUUUGAUUUUAAGAAACCUAGGCCUGUUAUUUAAUUUGAAGUAUGAGGCUAGGCAGCUGUCAAACAGCAAAUCAUUUACUUCUCUUCUUCCUUGUUUAAAUCUCAAAUAAAUCCUGUUUGGAGUGGCAUCUGCUUA